AUGCAAUAUUUGCAAGUUCUGCCCUCUGAGAAGGUAUUCAUACCUAUGGAAGCAUUUGAUGCUUAUGAAGCAUGGAGGAAGCACUUCCAUGUGGAUAAACCAGUGAAGCCUGUAGGAGUUGAUACUGCAAACAAUAUGAUUAUGCAGGCCAGAUAUGAGAGGGAGUUUAAGGAUUAUGAAGAGCAGCUGUCAGCUUGGAACAGGUCCAUGACCUGGUUCUUCAAGAAUGCAGUGGAGAAAUUGAAGGGUAUCGUCAUGCGACCAAAUGCCUGGCUGAAGUUGGGAUGUUCUGUUGAAGAUGAUAGUACCACUCAGGCUCAUUCACAGUUGCGGCAGAUGUACAUCCCACAAGCAACCUUUUUGCUCAUGGAUGUACUUAGCAAGACAGGUCGAUCUGGUGAUGCCCUCCGGAUCUGCAACUGGAUUGCCUCUCCCCGACACAGCGUCCACAAGGUGAGGGUUGUCUACAUGACUGGUGAGACCAAGAUCAUGAGUGAGACUGUGGAGAAGGAGAACCCGAAUGGAGGUUUUAGGGACAUGUUCUCAGAAUAUCCUCAUCCCUUUCCAGUUGUGAAAGAGACUUGGGAAGUUCCAACCAAAGACUUCCUUGAGGCUUCCUCUGGAAUCAUCAGUAUUAUUGAUGCACUUGGCAAGAUUUUCUAUAUGGUACGGAGUGAUAUCAAUAAAAACAUUUCGGACCUGAAAGUGUACUAUGAGCAGGACAAGGAGAAGUUUUCCACGCUGAAGGCCAUUGUAGAGUCUGAAGGGAGUGUCCAUGGAUCAGGAACAACCAGUCUUCUCUGGCUCAAAAGGGGUUUGGAAUUGACCUGCACCUUCCUCCGCUACUUGCUUGAGGAUUAUGAUUCUGGGAUGCUGUCAAAUGGGAUCUCAGACAUCAUGCGAAGAGCAUACACAGAGACCCUCCAGAAGCAUCAUCCAUGGAUCGUCAAAAACCUAGUUUCGAUGCUUCUCAGUGCACUGCCAAACCGACAUGGUGUCAUCACAAAGCUGACUUAUGGUGCUGAUGGGCCGGAGGCUGAGAAGCUGUUGAUGGAAAACUUGCGUACCUGGCUAGCCAAUUUCUCCUCCUGCCUCCAUGAAGUAUCUGAUAUGUAUAUCAGUAAGGGCUUGGAGUCAUAGGUCUCUGCCUAUAGAAAUCAUAUCAGGUUGCAACACCGUAGACAAUCCUUAAAGUGCUAUAUGCUCUGGCUUUCUUGUCUGUAGCUGUGAUACAUAUUGUUCCUCUCAUGUAAUGAAGUAGGCCUGUCAAAUCAUUCUAAUGUUGCCUGGAAUGGUUAAGGCCUUAUCUUUCUCAAGUCAUUUUUCCAUUUCAUAAGCAUUUAGAGUAUGCAUUGGAGACCUUUUCUCUCACAGUC